GAAUGACUUCCUUACAGAUUGAAAGACUCGCUCCUGGCGACGGCAAAACCUUUCCUAAAGUCGGCUCCACUGUGACCAUUCACUACACUGGCACCUUAACCAACGGCAAGCAGUUCGAUUCCUCCAUCAAGCGUGGCAAACCAUUUCAAUGUGUUAUUGGUAUCGGUCAAGUCAUCCAGGGAUGGGACCAGGGUAUCCCUCAGCUAAGUCUUGGUGAAAAGGCCAAAUUGACGAUUCCAGGUGAGUUGGGCUAUGGCAAAAAUGGUUUUCCUGGUUUGAUUCCCCAAAAUGCUACAUUGAUUUUCGAAGUUGAAUUAUUGGCCAUCGACUAAACAGUUCGCUCAAUCGAGCUCUCAUUUGCUGGUUUAUCUGCCCACACUCCUAUAUACACGGAACUAUCUCAUCUACAACAUUCACAGCUCAGUUGACAAUUUACAAUUUACAAUUUAC